AUGGUACACGGCAAACCUCGACAUAGCCAAUCGCAAGGCAGUGUUGAACGUGCCAAACAGGAUAUUCAAAACAACUUGAUGACGUGGAUGAGUGAUGUAAAAUCCUCAAAAUGGUCGGAGGGUCUUAAAUUUGUACAACUAAAUAAAAAUUUAGCUUAUCACGACGGCAUCAAGAGAACACCCUACAAAGCGAUGUUUGGAAGUGAAAUAAAAGUGGGUUUAAAGUCAUCGUAUUUGCCUCAUGAAGUAACAAACCAUCUAACAACGGAAGAAGACCUACAAGAAGUGAUAGAUAACUUUAUGGAAAAUGACUUGAACGAUGAACAACAGACCUCCGAAAUUCAUACCUCAGAAAUUACCCUUUGUGAAGAACAUGGCAUUUUAAUUGACGACAUGACAUGCCCUCUGUAUUCAAAAGAAGCAGAUAUUGAACAUAAUCGUUCAGAAGCGAAAUUAAAUUUAGAGUACAAAGCCAUUAAAAUGAAACAAAAUUCCGCUGCAAAGUUUCCAGAAUGUCAUAAAGGCGAUACAGUAAAAGUAAAGAUACCGGAAAUAGAUCGAGGCCGAGGCGAUUUUAGGAACAUUUUAUUGACCGUCUUAGAUACAAUUUAA